UUAUCCCGAAUUUUUUUUUGACAUUCGUUUUUUAAUUUCGAAAAUUUUCCGAAAAUUUUCCAAAAUGACGCAGCAAGACGAAGACGAACACCACUACUUCUUCAGGGCCUGCAUCGCAUGACCAUACUUACUCGCUCGCAGACAACAGCGAUGGAUCAGAAAGCAGGUGAGUCUGACGAGGCCUGUGAGGCACGGUUGGCGGCCAUCAUAGCCGAAAGCAAGCAACGGGCAGAAGCGGCGGCGGCAGCACAGAAGAAGAGAGAGGCAGAGGCAGAGAGACUGCGUCUUCUGGCCGAAGAACAGCGACAGAAGCACGCCGUAGCAGCAGCCAAGGCCGCUGAUGAAGAACGUGUGAGGCGACGCGAAGUCAUAUUCAGGGAGGAAGGUGCAUUACAUGCACAGGCCAAGGACUGGCAGAGGGAGGCCGAGAGCGGCGAAUCCGUCGACUACGGGAGCAGGGUAUCUCAUCUGCUCAACCGUGUCACAAACCUCCUUGCGACUUGUAUCGCGCAGCAGGAGGACAUCCACUCCCUCGACCACACCAACAAGGUGUUACAGCAGUCGGUGGACCAGAUGCUGAAGCGCAUACAGCAGCUGGAGCAGCAGGUCGCCACCGCCAACACCAGCAUCGGCCCCUCCAAUCUCAUCGACCGCGUCAACGUCUUGGAGAUAGACGUGGGAACAGUUAAGACUGGGGCACAGCAGCUGCAACAACAGUCUUCUGCACCGGCCGGCCCUAGCGCAACGACACGCGAAACUAUUGCCAAGUUCGAUGGGCUCCCGAUCUUCUGUGACGCAUCGAAGACCGACCCCAUCCAAUGGUGGCGCCAGUUUGAACUCAAGCUGGACAUCCACCACGUCAUCGACGCGAACCGGCAUGCAUACUUGAACUCCCGCUCGGGAGGAGCGUGUCAGACAUGGUUGGACAACAUGCUGUCCGCACAUGCAUUGACGUUUGACGUCUUGGACAUGGACUUCGACAUCAUUUUGGGCAUGCUCUGGCUUGCAAGUGCGGAUCACACGGUCAACUUCCAUCGGCGGACACUUGUGGUUCGCGACGUGUUUGGUGCCGAAGUACCAUGUACUGUUCCUCUCCCGCACCCUUCGAUCCGGUGCCAAGUUGUAACAGCCAAAUCUUUUCGGGCCACUUGCGCUUACGAGCGAACUGAAGAGAUAGGCUUAUGUUUUCUUCGAACCGUCGCGGUAGCCGACUCUCAACCCACGGACUUGUCUUCGGACCCCCGGGUGGUGCGGUUGCUCGACGAAUUCGCCGACAUCUUCGAGUCACCUACCGGCGUGGUGCCGGAUCGGCCGAUCUCACACGAGAUCAUUCUCGAGGCCGGUGUCGUGCUGCCAAAAGGUUGCAUUUAUCGCAUGAGCGAGGAGGAACUUACAGUACUCCGCGCGCAGCUCGACAACUUGUUGGACAAAGGCUGGAUCCGGCCUAGCAGCUCACCCUAUGGUGCGCCGGUUCUCUUCGUUCGGAAGAAGAACAAGGACCUCCGCCUAUGCAUCGAUUACCGCAAGCUCAAUGCGCAAACCGUCAAGAACGCGGGACCUCUUCCUCGUAUUGACGACUUUUUGGAGCGCUUGGGCGGCGCAAUUUUUUUUUCCAAACUGGACUUGAAGUCAGGAUAUCAUCAGAUCUCGAUUCGGCCGCAAGAUCGCUACAAGACCGUGUUCAAGACACGGUACGGGCACUUCGUCGUCAUGUCUUUUGGACUCACCAACGCCCUGGCGACUUUUCAAGCGGCGAUGACCAACGAGUUUCGUGCAAUGCUGGACCGGUUCGUGCUGGUCUACUUGGACGACAUCCUCGUCUAUAGUCAAACCUUGGAGGAACAUCUUGACCAUCUUCGACCCGUGUUGGAGACACUCCGGCACGCCAAGUUCAAAGCCAACCGCGACAAGUGCGAAUUCGUAUGCCAAGAGUUAGAAUACUUGGGCCACUUCGUUACUCCACAAGGCAGCAGUCCGUUGUCGGACAAGAUUCAAGCCGUCCAAGAUUGGCCGGAGCCGCGGAACAUCACGGAUGUCCAAUCAUUCCUUGGCCUUGCCGGCUACUACCAGCGUUUCAUCAAAGGGUACUCGAAGAUCGCGGCUCACUUAACCAAGCUUCAAUGCAAGGACCGGCCGUUUGACUUCGGGACGAACACACGUGAAUCAUUUUUGGUCCUCAAGGCUGCAUUGCUCUCCGCGGAGGUAUUGCGGAUAUACGACCCGCUAUUGCCAACACGUGUCACCACGGACGCGUCCGGCUAUGGUAUUGGUGUUGUCCUCGAACAACAUGACGGUGUGGAAUGGCACCUGGUCGAAUACUUCAGCAAGAAAGUGUCGGCCGUGCACUCAAUCGAUGAUGCACGCAAGAAGGAACUUCUCGCCUUCGUCCACGCACUCGAGCGGUGGAGGCACUUCCUCCUUGGUCGACGCCAAUUCCGAUGGGUAACGGACAACAAUCCGUUGGUCUUCUACAAGUCUCAGGACACCGUUAACAACACCAUCGCCCAUUGGAUGGCCUUCAUCGACCAAUUUGACUUCUUUCCCGAUCACAUUCUGGGGAAGUCAAACCGUUUUGCGGAUGCUCUUUCACGGCGUCCGGACCACUGCACCGCGGUGUACUCAACCUUCGGGAUCGAGGAUGACUUGCGGGACAGCUUCAUCUGCGGCUAUCAAGCCGACCCCGAAUUUCGCGACAAGGAAGCGAUUGCCAUGGACAUUAUCGGACCAUUCCCCAAGCACAAGACGGGUGUGGAUGGGAUUCUCACGGUGGUUGACCGACUCACCAAGUUUGCCAUGUUCUUGCCUUGCCGCUAUCAUGCCAAGGCACCGGAGUUGGCUGAGGUUCUCUGUGCCGGUUGGAUUCGAAGCAAGGGUUACCCCAAGGAGAUCGUCUGCGACCGCGACACUCGGUUCAUGUCCGAUUUUUGGUUGGCGCUCAUCAAACGAUGGGGCUCAUCCCUCAAGCCAAGUUUGGUUCGCCACCCCCAAACUGAUGGCCAAACGGAGAGGGCACAUCAGACCGCACAGGUCCUCCUUCAAACUCUCAUCCGUCCCGACCAUAAAGAUUGGGUUGAGCGGCUGCCGGAUGUCGAGUUGGCAUACAACUCGUCCAUCCAUCUGGCUAUCGGGAUGUCACCCUUUGAGUUCGAGCAUGGCUCGCCGGUCAAUUCUUCGUUGGACACAAUCAUUCCACGGGCGGCCGAGAGCGACGACCAUCUUCUCUUCAUUCGUCGGAUGCAAGAGCUUCUUGUUAAGGCACGCGACCAGAUGGCAAAGACGCAAUAACGUAUGCGCCAACAGGCCAACCGCCAGCGUCUUCCUUGUCCAUUCAGCGCCGAUGACCUCG